CCUCCGAGGCGGGCCGGGGCGGGGCCGGACCGAUGCUAUAAGAAGGCUGCGCGAAGCCAAGCGCACCAGCCGAGAGGUGUGAGCCGCCGCUGUCACAGUCGAGAGAGGAGGAUCGGAGCCAGGCGCAGAUCCACCGCGAUAUCGAGACAUUCGGAGCCACAGGCACCACCAUGUCCGAUGCCAAUGAUGGCCGACCCGACCCACACAGGAGCAAGGUGUGCCGCCGUCUCUUCGGUCCCGUGGACAGCGAGCAGUUGAGCCGUGAUUGUGAUGCGCUCAUGGCCAGCUGCCUCCAGGAGGCCCGGGAACGUUGGAACUUCGACUUCGUCACCGAGACGCCGCUGGAGGGCAACUACGCCUGGGAGCGCGUUCGGGACCUGGGGCUGCCCAAGCUCUACCUGAGCCCCGGGUCCCGUGGCCGUGCCGACCUGGGAGGAGACAAGCGGCCCGGCACCUCCUCCGCCCUGCUGCAGGGGUCAGCUCCGGAGGACCACGUGGCUCUGUCUCUGUCCUGCACUCUGGUGCCUCGCGCCCCUGAGCGGCCUGAGGACUCCCCGGGUGGUCCGGGAACCUCUCAGGGCCGGAAACGGAGGCAGACCAGCCUGACAGAUUUCUAUCAUUCGAAACGCCGGCUGGUCUUUUGCAAGAGGAAGCCCUGAUGUGCGCCCAGGAGGCCUCGCCUUCUUCUGCAGUGGGCCAGGAGGCCCCUUCCCCACCUUCUUCUGCCUUAGGCCUUCCUUCACUCUGUGUGUCUUAAUUAUUAUUUGUGUUUUAAUUUAAACUUCUCCUGUAUAUACUCUGCCUCCCCCCCCCCCAGCCUCCAUCCUUAGCGUUAUUUAAAAGAACUAAAGUGGUAGGAUAGAUAGUAGACCCCUUAGUGCUGGGGAUUUUUAUUAUGUAGACUGUUAUUUAAGCCCUUCUGAACCCAAACUCUGUUCCCUAUCCUGGAGGGAAGGUCGGACUGGCUUCAUGCCAGCUACCCCCUCCCCCACCCCACCCCCUAUCUGGGUGAUGAUACUUUCCCUAAAUGGCCUGGUUCCUUCCACCUGUCUCAUGGGGGUGAUCCUCAGGCCUGAAUAGCACUUUGAAGGGGGUCCAACUGAGUGGGACUUUGGGGUCUCCUUGUCACCUCUAAGGCUGGCCAGGGUGACAGUCAAGUGAUCACAGCUUAGAACAGGGAUGAGGCUUACCCUGGUUAGGACCCAACUGUAGUGUCCUGACCCUCGACACUUGCUCAGCCCUGUGAAGACAGGGAAUGCCCCCCACUCUGGGUCCCUUUUGCCACCCCUGGGGAGCCUGCCUCCCCUGUGAGUCCCUCUGCCAGCUGCCCCUCUAUUUUUGAGGGUUCGCCUGGCACUCCGCUGCUGUUCCCUCUCCAGACCCUCCCCCCCCCAAUACCCCCAGGUAAGCAGGAGGCAUCUCUGGGCACCUGGAAGGGAAGGGGUACACUAAAUGGGGUUCCCUGGUUCUACCUCGGGCAGCUCCAGUGACAGCCACCCCCCUCAUGGUUCGAGGGUGGGUCCCUGGUGGUGAGAUACGCCUCCCAGAGCAGUGAGCAUCCCUGCGAUACCAGUGUGUGGUGGGGACCCUAGCGGCUGAAGUCAUCAGCGACCCCUCCCAUUUCUCAGUCCUUUGCGUGGCAGAUGUACAAGGAGCCAGGCCAGGAUGGUGCCUGGAGGGCUAAGCAAGCCUAACAGGAGACUGAGAGCCAUGAGUGACCCUUACCCAGGACUGAAUCCCUGCCAAAGCACUUACUGGGUCUGACCCCAGACACCUCUGUUUCUGUAACAUUCUGGUCUGGACUGUUUGCCCUUCGCUGCCCCCCACCCUCCCGAACAUGUAUUUUGGCCUCUUCCCUGUUUCCACUCAGAGUGUAAACCUCCGAAGAGCAGGGACCACGUCCCGAAGCAGGUGCUCAAUAAAUAUUUCCUGGUGACUUGUAA